ACAUUACAUUUUGAGAAUUCUUUGUUGUCAGCUGUAGUUUUAAAGUUAAUCGUCGCAUUUCGUUAUUUUUACAAGUUUGGCGCAUUUUUUUUCUUCGUGCUAUAUUAUACAUUUGAAUAAAGUGCAACCGUUUAUAUAAACAUAAGACUUAAAAAUAGUUGGUAAUUAAAUUAUAGCGCAGCCAUACAGAAAAUUAGGUGCAAGAAGUGGAAGCAUUGCGGUCAAAUUUAGUGUGGAAAUACGAGCGAAAGCGUAAAUAGGCAUUUAAUUGUGUAUAGUUGAGUAAUUUGUUGAUUAUUGCAACUGUAAAAUAAAGAUAAUUUUCAUUAUAUAUAUAUAUACAAGUGUCUAUAUAUUUUAACAACGUGAGUCACAAAGAAAAUGGCAUUUUACAAAACGUUAUCUUGUCUUUUUACUAUAAUAUUGGCGACUACAGUUAUUGCUGACAUCGGCGAUAACCUUAAACAAUUAAAUGUCAAUGACAUUCAAAACCAGCUUCCUUCGGAACUAGCUAAUACAAAUUUAACAAUGGAUGAUGCGAAAACCCUUUUAAAGGAUAAAUGCAUAGAGAUAGCUGGUAAAGAAAAAGGUGAUGAAGCAUUUGAAGAAAUAAUGAACUCAUUUGGCGUUUUAAGUGAGUGUUUAACCACCAUUAUUAACUAUACUGCUAUUCAAACAGAAAUUGAAGAAGCUAGUCCACGUGGAGAAUUGGAUGUUGUUUUUAAUAAAUACUGCAAAAAACGGCCGCAUGUGAUAGAAUGCGUUGAAGUGUUUAAUAAGAAAUUGGUGCCUUGUUUAGAUGCAGAAGAGCAGGAUAAUCAGGAGACAGUUAUGAGAAUAGUACGCAGCUUGCUAAGUUUCGUAUGUCAUAAAGGUGGUGACCAAAUAGCGCUUUUUAUAGCUGAAAAGGGACCAGAAUGCUUGGAAUCAAAAAGGGAUGAUAUACAACAGUGCCUUAAUGAUACAUUCUCUGAUUAUGUGCCAAAGGAAGGUUUUCAGAAUUUUAAAUCUUUACCUAAAUUGGUAAUGAGCCAGAAACAGUGUAAUGAUAUUGAAAAACUGGAAACAUGCAUCGUUGAAAGGUUGGAAACUUGUACUGAAAUAACACCUGCAAACAUUGUGGAGUCAAUGUUUCGUUUCAUCAAAAAUGAAACAAUAUGUCGCAAUACACCAUCGGCACAUAAACAAAACAGCACCAGUUCAUCAUCAUUAUUAGUUACACUUAGCGCAACUGGAUUGGCAUUCUCAUUUGCUGUGAUUCAAUUGAUAUCGAAACGAUUUUAUGUGUAAAUUUUAGUCGAAGUGCUUUCAAUAUUGUAUUUGGCAGGGCUUAUAUACUCUUUGAUAUUUACUCCUUUGUAUAUGAUAUUAUAUGUAAUUAGCUACACUUAUUUAGUGUUACACGGGUAUUUUUAUAGAGAAUCAUACAUAUUUAGUUUAAGUACUUAGAUCUUAUAAUUAUGCUUAUGAAAUUAUCAAAUUUUCUUUAAAAUUAUAUAUUAUAUGUAUUGCUGUGGUAGAUCGAAUAAUUUUUAUAUGAUUCAACUUUAGCUUGAGAAUAAUGAAAUGUUUAAUAACAGUAUUCAAAUGAAUCUUCAAAAUUUCGAAUAAUUAUAAAAGUGUAUGUGCUUGUGCUUUUGAAAUUAAUGUAUAAUUUUUAUAUAUUCAAAUAUAUAUAUAAAUGUCUUACUGUGCUAAAACGCAAGCUUAGCAAACAGCAAUAAGAACAAUUUACUUUAUGGAUCAAGUCAAAGUGAUCUUGUACAUUAAUUUAUAAAAAUAAGAAUGUAUUUUUAUUCAUAUACAUAUAUUCAAAUUGUUAGUUGUAUUGUUUUGUAUUUGAGAUAGCGGUUAUUUGAUAAAAUUUAAAUAAAUACAUAACGUAUGUAACU